UUAGUCAACACUUGACUGUCAAAUAAUUAGUGUUAGUAAAAUCAUCACAAUUCACAAAAUCGCCAUCAAAAAUUGCAGUUUUAAAAGGAACCAUCAAAAACUAAACUAUAUUUUGCCAGUACUUUAUUCGAUGAAAUAUCUGAACCAAUCUGAACAGAUAAAGAUAUGAAACAACUGAUCAGUGGAAGUGAUCACAAACUGAUCAACUGGUGUCUGGUACACAAAGGUUUUGCAAUACUGAUGAUUUAGAAUUUUUUAAACAUUUUGGUACAUGUAUAAGUGUCUACCUACAUCUGAUCUAAGGAUCUAAGGAAAUAGUGAUAUUUGAUAUAUCUUUAGCUGCAACGGAUAAUGUUAAACAAAUGUUUCUUUUGUAAAUUUUGAUCAAUAAUAUUAUUGUUUAAAUGUCUGUGUCUUUGUGUGUUCUACGUAUUGAAAUUGAUGAAGAACUACCCGAAAUGGGCGAUACUCCAGCUGAAAUAGAAUCUGCCAAAGACCAGAAGAAAAGAGAUAGGGGUGAGCGAGACUCCAAGACAAUCACAGUGGAGACAUAUGCCAGUGUACUUAUGGGCCCAAACACUGAUACUGGCAUCCUGCCGACUAGUUCUCGCCGGUCACCUCCAGAGACCAGUAUUUCAGAGGAUAGCGAGUCAAUAAGUUUUUUCUGUGGAAACCCAUUAGUUGAAGUCACUAAAGGGGUCCUUCAUUUAUAUAAAGAAAAUGAGUUGAAAGAAGCAGAAGAGGCCAAAACACUGUGCCUACUUUCCGUGCCAGGUGCUCUAGGCGCAGCUGAUCUGUUGGCAUUUGCUGCUGCCUGUCAAAAUGACAUCUCACAUGUGAGAGUUUUGAGAGAUGGUUCACCAGACCAUUAUAUGGCAUUGCUUACAUUCCGCACAUGUCAGUCAGCCCGCGAGUUCCACGCGGCUUUCUCUGGCGUCCCGUACAGUAGCUUGGAGCCUCAGGCGCUGUGCCACAUGGCAUGGGUUUCGCGCGUGGAGUGGGCGCGACACGGAAGCCCGCCUGCUUCUCACACUGAACUGCCCACCUGCCCUGUCUGUCUAGAGCGUAUGGACGAGAGUGUGGCGGGCGUUCUGAGCGUGCAGUGCGCGCACGCGUUCCACGCGGAGUGUCUGGUGCGCUGGCGUGACGCGCGCUGCCCCGUGUGCCGCUGCGCGCAGACGCCCGAGCCCAGGGAACAUGCGCUCUGUUUGCAGUGCGAGAGCGACGCCACAGAGGGCGAAGGCGAUGAGUCUAGAGAAGCCACGGGGAUAGCGGAGGGUUUGGAGGCGGGCUCUCUGUGGAUCUGUCUCAUCUGUGGACACGUUGGCUGCGGCAGAUAUGAAAAGGGUCACGCAGCUAAACACUUUCUAGCUUCAAAUCACACUUACGCUUUACAAUUGGGAUCCAAUAGAGUUUGGGAUUAUGCAGGGGACAAUUUCGUUCACCGUUUGGUGCAAAACAAGGCGGAUGGUAAGCUGGUGGCCGCUGAAGGGGGUUUGGCUGCGGACGCGGCGUGCGGCGGGGAGAAACUAGACUCGGCGCAGUUGGAGUUCACAUACAUACUGACACAACAGCUCGACAGCCAGAGGAUGUACUAUGAAGAGAAAAUUUCUGAGCUAGAGUCGGAUCACACGACCUUGCACAGUGCUGCAGAGGAGCGCGCGUCGAGCGCCGAAGCGGAAGCGGCGGCGCUGCGGCAGCGGGUCGCCGCGCUGGAGCGGGAGAACAAGCAGCUCGAGCGCAAGCUGCACCAUCUCACUACCAAGGUGUCGUCUCUGCAGAGUGAGGCGUCGGAGGAGCGCGGGCUGGCGACGGCGCUAGCAGCGUCGCACAAGCAGUGGCAGGAGCGCGCGCAGCAACGCGAGGAGGCUUUCCUUGCAGAGGUGGCGGAGCUGAAAGAGCAACUGCGCGAUGUGAUGUUCUUCGUGGAAGCGCGAGGACAGCUGGAGAAGGUGGAAGGAGCUUCGCAAGACGAGAUAGCUUCGGCCAGCGUCACCGUGCAAGCGCCUGUUAAACCGCGCCGCAAGCGACGAUAGAGUGAACACUCGCCUUUAUGUUGGGGCCGGUUCAAACUGAUAAUUUUCGAUAGAUAUUCCUGAUCUCUUUUUUAUUUUUUUUGACAAAUUGUUAUAGUGCGCGCAAAACAAGUAGUGCAACAUGGCGGUAUGCGCAGAUCAUGGACUAAAGAUCAAAUACGCCCCGUAUACAAACUGGACCACUUGUUCGCGCGAACUAAUCGAUAGCUGAUUGGUCAAUCAGUACACACCAGAGCCAGAGCGGUCAUGGUUCCAAAAAACGCCGCAGUUAAAAUUUUAUCGAGUUGCCUCGCUCAAUGAUUGAUUCUGUUGAUUCUGGUAUCUCCAUAAGUAGUCAUCUAAUUAAAAAUUAGUUUCUAAACUUUCAAAGUUUAAAUUCGGUUGCAGAUCAACAUCUGUCCUGUAGCCUGUCUAGUGUCUACUGGUAUUUUACAGAGUAUAAUACUUCAGAGUGUGCCCAAGAACUUUUUGACCUGGUUCCUCCUUCACCUUUCUAAUUUUCUACUAUCGUACCGCAAGGCAUCGUCAA